AUGGCUUCCAUUCGUUGGGCGCUGUUGCUCUUUCUUGCACAACUCCCCUUACUAGCCACCUCCAGCGCUCGCAGUGAUGGUAACCUCACACUGUGGUGCCAUCCAGACCAGGCUGCCGCGCUCCUCCAAUUGAAGCAGUCCUUCUUGUAUACGCAAUUCACCACUACUAUCCUUCCUUCUUGGCAAAUUGGCACUGAUUGCUGUUUCUGGGAGGGUGUUAGCUGCGACGCUUCUUCUGGUCUUGUCACUGUACUUGACCUCAAUGGUUAUGGACUACACAGUUAUGGUUUCGAUCCUGCGCUCUUCAGCCUCGAAUCUCUUCAGCGACUUGAUCUAAGCAUGAACUGUUUAAGGGGUUAUAGCUACAGCAGCACUGCUGGAGAGUUCGACAGGCUCGCCUUGCUAACUCACCUCAACCUCUCCAAUUCAUGCUUUAGUGGCCAGAUACCUAUAGGCAUCAGCAGACUCAUAAAUCUUGUUUCUUUGGAUCUUUCAAGUCGUUCAGUUUCCCCUGGUGAUGAUAUUACCACUGCAAUAUACAGUGCCAACACUCUGCAGGAACCCAAUUUUCAGACCCUGGUAGCAAACCUCAGCAAUCUAAGAGAGCUCUACCUUGAUGAAGUGUAUAUAAUGUCUAGCAGUGGAGAAGGGUGGGGAAAAUCUCUUGCAAGAUAUGUUCCUCGUCUUCAGGUUCUUAGCUUGAGGCGAUGCAGGCUGAACAGUGCUAUUGAUAGUUCCCUGUCGAGCCUCAGUUCUCUCGUUGCGAUCAACCUCGGAUCGAACAAUUUUCCUGCUGGUCCAGUUCCAGAGUUCUUCGCGGAUUUUCUCAACUUAAGAGUGCUUCAACUCUCUAAUAUGAGCCUUAAGGGGUUGUUCCCUCAGAGAUUCUUUGAGCUAAAAAACCUUAGGGUCCUCGAUUUGUCCUUCAAUCCGGAUCUCUCGGGAUACUUCCCAAAAUUUUCUCAUGCAAAUUCUCUAGAGACUUUGAGGCUAGAGGGCACAAACUUUUUCUAUGAUAAACGAACUUCUUCCAGCAAUCUGAAGUCACUGAAGGAGUUAGGUCUUGGUGGGAAAUUUCUGUCGUUGGAUUUUCUCUCUUCAUUUGGUCUACUUGGUUCUGUACGCCAAUUGGAAAUCAAUCAGAUCAACUCUAAAAGAGACUUGGGAUCAAUUCUUUCAUGGAUUCGAAACCUAAAAAACUUGAAGCGCUUGACACUCUUUGGAUGCGACUUCUCUUUGAUAAUGCCUUCAUCCAUUGCAAACCUCAACGGUUUGGUAAGCUUGACGAUGUUUGAUUGUGACCUCCCUAGGCCAAUACUAUCUGCAAUUGGUAAUCUCAGGGAUUUACAAGACCUUGGUAUGUCUGACUGCAAAUUACAUGGUUCAAUGACAUCUUCAAUAGGCAACCUCACAGAUUUAAGAAGCUUGUACAUGGAGAGUUGUGAAGCUUGUGGGCCUAUGCCGGCAGCAAUCGGUCAUCUCAAAAAUUUGAAAAGGCUGACUAUCAUUAAUUGCGAGUUUGCUGGGGCAAUACCAUCUGCAGUUGGCAACCUCACUAACUUGAAAAGCAUGGUUAUUUUAUUAAGUCAUUUUCCUGGGCCAAUACCUUAUGCGAUUGGGCAACUCAAAGAACUGACACAACUAGUAGUUGAACUCGGGAGCAUUUCUGGGAGAAUACCAAGUUCAAUUGGCAAUUUAACUCAACUGGCAGAAUUGAGUCUGUAUGCUAAUUAUCUGAGCGAAAUUAGCAGAACAUUACCUUCAGGUUUGGUGGAUGGACAUUCAAAAUGGGAAAUUCCAGCAGCUAUUUUCGCUCUUCCAAAAUUACGCGGCUUGAAUCUUGGUUGGAACGAAUUUUCUGGUCACAUCGAAGAGUUCGACGCGGCAUCUUCAUGCUUGGUGUCAGUGUUCUUGAGCAGAAACAAAUUGGCAGGACAGUUUCCCAAGUCAUUCUUCGAACUCACAAGUUUGGUUGUUCUACGUAUUGAUGGGAACAACUUUGUAGGUUCAGUGUAUCUUUCAUCGUUUUCGAGGUUAAGAAAUCUUGCUAUUUUGAGUCUUUCACACAACAAGCUCUCUAUUACAGAUAAUGAAGGAAAUAACUCUUCGUCCUAUCUCUCUGGACUUAAAGAGUUGGGUGUUGCAUGUUGCAAUAUAACUAAAAUUCCUAGUAUUUUAACACAUCUUAAUGGUGUGUUUCACUUGGACCUUUCUUGCAAUAAAAUCAGCGGGGAUAUACCAAAGUUGAUAUGGGAGAGAUGGAGCAGUAGCCUUUUACAUUUAAAUCUUUCGCACAACCUAUUCACCGGUAUGCAACUUACUUCACAAGUUCUUCCUUUCAGUUGGUCCCUAGAAGUUCUUGAUCUUAGUUCCAAUAGGCUUCAGGGACAGAUUCCUAUGCCCAACUCAUCAGCAGAUAUUUUGGAUUACUCACACAAUAAUUUCUCUUCGAUCCUUCCAAACUUCACUUUGUAUCUCAGCCAUACCAGAUAUAUCAGUAUGUCCAACAACAGUAUCAAUGGACAUAUACCACAUUCAGUUUGUGAUUCAAGAUCACUGGAAAUCCUUGACCUAUCACAUAAUAGUUUCAGAGGACAAAUACCACAUUGUCUAUUGGAAGGCCGUAUGGUUGUGUUAAAUUUGAGGGAGAAUCAAUUCCAGGGGACAUUGCCUUCCAAUAUUACACAUGGAUGUGGUCUACAGACAAUAGAUUUGAAUGGCAAUAAGGUUCAAGGUCAGCUUCCUAGAGCACUCUAUAACUGUACUUACUUGGAGGUUCUUGAUUUGGGAAAUAAUAAAGUUGUAGACACUUUUCCAUCUUGGCUGGGGAGGCUUCCAAAUCUUCGCGUCCUUGUCUUGAGAUCCAAUCACUUCUACGGUUCCAUAAGUGACCAGCUUGCUGGGGAUCACCAAUCCAAGGAGUCCUUUUCUAGCUUGCAAAUUAUUGAUCUCGCCUCAAAUAACUUCUCCGGUAAUUUGAGUUCAGAAUGGUUUAGGCUAUUUAAAUCAAUGAUAGCCAAGUUCAACAGGACAGGGGAUAUUGUCCUUGCUCAUAACGUAUCAGGGUUCUAUCGAGAUUCUGUUGUCAUAACAUACAAGGGGUCGUUUGUAACAUUUGAAAGGAUCUUGACUACCUUAACAGCUAUUGACUUGUCUAACAAUAUGCUGGAAGGUUCCAUUCCCGAAUCAGCUGGACAGCUUAUUUCAUUGCAUCUACUGAACAUGUCACACAAUGCCUUCACGGGAAAAAUUCCAUCCCAGCUUGGCGGCAUGACUGAUCUAGAGUCACUGGACCUUUCUUGCAACCAGCUCUCAGGGGAUAUUCCACAAGAAUUGACAGAUCUCACCUUUCUCGGCACGCUGAACCUGUCCAGCAACCAUUUGGUGGGGAAGAUACCACAAGCACGCCAGUUCUCUACAUUUGAAAACAGUUCAUUUGAAGGCAAUUUUGGUCUGUGUGGACCGCCAUUGUCCAGUCCAUGUGGCAUUUCACCUGCUACAGCACAUGUGGAUGAUUCUUCUCAUAUCGAUGUUUUCUUGUUCCUCUUCGUCGGGCUUGGCUUCGGGAUUGGAUUUGCAGCUUCUAUUCUGGUGAGCUGGGGCCUGAUCGGCGAAUGGUUCGUUAAAUCUGCGAAAGCUUUGCGAACUUGACUUCUUUCAGAUGCAAGCAUGCUUUGCAACAGAAGUUAUACAUACAGGAGGUAUUGAAGCGUCUUCCGUAGAUUUUGAAAGUGAAGUACUAUAAGUGUGGAUUAGUAAUAAUUGACACUCAUGUUUGCAGUGUUCUAAUGUAUGAAGACAACUACACCCAGAACCUAGUUGGCUAGUUAUCUGUAUCUGGGAUAGUUUUGCCUAGAUGCACUAGCCUCGUGUAAACGUGCUAGGAAUACUAUGGUAA